AUGUGGAAGUUGAAGCCGGCAAUGGUCCCGUGGGAGCUUGCGGACGAGGAGGAAGACAGGUACGAGAGGAAAGACAAAUUUGGAAAUCUAUGGUUUGGAAAGAAAGAAGCCCUGGCUGGGCGCAAGGUGCUGGACAUCAUUGAGGCGGAGUGGGGGUCCAGAAAGCGCUGCUUGGUAAAACGGCCGAGCCGGACAUACGUCUACUGCCGAUGCAGCGAAAAAUGCCGAAUGGUGGUGCAAUACGGCUCGGAGGAUGGGAAGCUGGUGCGGGAGGGGAAAGAUGAGCACAGGCAUGGGGAGGAUGUGCGUGGAGAGAUCCGAAGCAUUGCCUCCCAACCGCAGCGGGCAGCCGCUGCCUUGGUGGAGUGGUCCAUCGCUCAUCCUGACGGUAACCUUCCUGCACGGCAACAAAUCCAGACUCGCAAGCAGUACACGCGGUCUGCGCGAGUGGAAGACAAAAUCGUGGAGGUUCUUGGCUACGUGCAGUCAGUGAAGGAGAGGGGAGCCACGGAACCCUGGCAUUGUCGGGUGCUCGAGGUGGACGAAAGUGCCGGUAUUUUUUGCUAUACAACGGACUUUUAUGUCAGCCUCCUGGUGGAGCACUGGGAGACAUUGAUGGAGCAUGGGUUGCGAUUGGCGUGCGAUGGUACCCACGACAUCUCCAACAGCCGCAUCAAACUGAUUGCUGUUGGUUGGUUGGCGCAGCAUGUCCCCCGUCAGAGCAUCGAAACCACAUUUGUGCUGCUUGGUUUCGCGUUGGCACCCAGCGAAAACCACGUGGCGGUUCGAUUGCUCCUUGACAGCCUAGAUGCACAUGUGCGUGAGCAUCUAGGCGAUGGCUUGCGGAAAGCAUCAGUCGCUCACAUUGAUGGUGGCCCUGCUUUGGUUAAGGCCUUUGUGGAUUUUUUUGGCCAAGAUUUCCAGUUGGUCCGAAGCCUCGAGCAUGUCAAACGCAACAUCCGGGAGCAGGGUGUGAAAAAGCUGACGCAGAGCUCUUGGUGGACCUCUACCAAAAGAUGGGUAUCGAAAAGCGCCUUCAUUCGCAAUAACUAUGUCUUUGAUCGGUACUGGCACCACUGCUUCCAACUCCUCGAGAACGCCGGUGAGGCGAAUUUCGUCGCGUACUUGCAGACGGAGCACUUCCAGAAGGAUGCAGGUGUAUGGACGGCCGCCUGGCGUGCAGCAAUCCUCGACCCAGGCUGUGGUUCCUACUCCUUGAAUGCAGUGGACUCCUUUUGGAAGUUGCUGGAUCAAUAUGUCCCCGAGGAGAAAACUUUGCCGUUGAGGCAGGUUAUGGAGCGUUAUGAACACACAGGCCGGGUUUUCCAAAAUGACGGGAAGUGGAGUGCCUUGUCUGUUGAACCAUCGACGCUGGUGACCGCCGCGAUGGUUGGGGAAGCAUCAGCCGAGUUGAGCCCCCGCUUGGAUUGGAAGGAUGACAAACAAGUGGGUCGUAUGAGCAGCAAGACGUUGGAACGAAUGUUGGGGCAGGAAGCCACCUUGAUGUUGGAGUUCAACACCGGGCAGGAAAAUGCCACGAAGGUGUUUUGCAAGUAUGGCCCGUCGGACUACAAUGCCGUGGAAAUGGAAGCUUUGUUCGAACUGGAGCGUUCGACAUCUUCAGCAACAGUGGACGCUGCGCUGCAGAAGAUUGGUGCCUUGGACGCUGAUGGCUUCCACCCGCGCCGGGUCAGUGCCACCUACGAGAAAUUUACAGCAUUGUAUGAAGAGGAGGGCCAACUAUUGGAGUCACACCGGGAUUUCUGGCAACGUGGUGUGACAGAGCAUUAUAUACAUGUCUCUACCAAAAACUUGGGCGCCAAACUUCCAGAAGUUUUCUCAUCCUUAGUCCCGCGCACCACACCAACGGGACGUCCCCGGGGCCGGCCCAAAGGGAUUAAGCGCCCUAGCAGGGAUAGCGAAUCAGCGGGCCGGGGCCGUUCCAGGGGGCGAGGCCGCGGCUCCAAAAAAAGACCCGCGGCAGAUGGGAUUGCAACAGGUGUGGAGCAACAGUUGGAAGACCUUUUCGGGGAAAAGGCAGCUUCACACGGCCUGGGGCACUUGCUCGGGUCAGAUUUUGCAGGCGACACGACUGCGCCGGGAACCCCACCUGAGGUCGCAGCAAGGUUGGAAAGCUUGGUAGCAGAGGGUCGGCUGCCAAGGACGACCGCCGAACAGCGUCGUCGCAACAACCGGACAUCCGGCACAACCUACGGAGUCCCCCCAGGCCUGAAAGAAGCCCUAGAGGCCGGCUACAUCCAUCCCAACUUGCCUGCUCCACAGGGCAUGGUUUGGAACCUAGUCGCGCGCAAGACCUUCGUGCUGCAAGCGCGCGGUGGUUGA